AUGUUUUUUAGGUCUCAUCGUCCAAAUACAUGUUUGUGGUUAUGCCCACCUGAUGCUAAUUCACGAAAUAGUUCGAUUUUUCUGGCAAAAUCACCGUCUGCUAUGAAUGGUUCCAUACCAUACAAAAUAACGGAAGGUGGAUUGGUGGAAAUUGAACAUGACAUUGUUGUGUAG